AUGCCUUACCGGUCGUGUGAAGUGUCAGGAGAUUCGCCAGUAAUGGACUUUAAGGACGGGAAAUCAAUCGGAAGCAAUUCGAGUGGCGAAACAAACUCAACAUUACGUUGCCGGCUGUUAAUUGGCUGCGGGUGGCGGCGCCGAGACGGCGGCGGAACCUCCGCAUGGCUCCCCUCGCCCCUACUACACCCGCCGCCCACCGACGACUCUAAGCUUAUUUUGUUCGGCGGGGUUAUCAAGUUAGGGCCGGUCCGCGGUAGGGGUGGCUGCCAGGCGGCUCUGCAGCUCGGGUCGCGGGGUGGGGGGUGCGUGUAUCGACCGGGCUACCCUCCCCCCGGAAUGGUUCAGUUUUCAGACGAGAGUCGCGCAGCUCGCCCGUGCCGCGACGCGACUCCGUCACUCGUUAGAUAG